CCACCUCCGCAAACCCAUCGGCUGGGCUUAGAACGACACUUAAUUGACUCAGUUUGUAGCUUUGUUCCUGAAAGCCAUGCAAGUUUUCUCGAAUGCUCGCCGGUUUUCUAGGGCAUUGCUUAACUCCUAUCAUUUCCUUUCUUAUGACCUUCAGAGCGUCGGAGGUCCUCACUUGGUUACUCCCUGCCGGAACACGAGCAGCUUGUCUUCAAAGGCCACUUGGUUCUUAGGGUCAGCUCAAUCAUUGACGACAGAAUCAGUGCCUGUGCACUUAUUGACGUCAAAGUCAUUUUCUACGUCAAUAACAAACACUGAUGAAGGGGCUUCGACAGUGUUAAAUGCAGAGGCCGUGAAGGAACUGUACGACAAAAUGCUGGAAUCUGUAAAUGUUAAACGAUCAAUGCCUCCAAAUGCUUGGUUAUGGUCAAUGAUUGAGAAAUGUGGAAACCAUGGUGAUAUUGAACUUCUGUUUGACAUUUUGCAGAACCUCCGCAGAUUCAGGCUCUCAAAUCUUCGCAUUCACACAAAUUUUAAUGACAACCUUUGUCGAGAAGUUUCUAAAGCAUGUGCUAGAGUAGGAGCUCUCGACUUUGGAAAGAAGACCUUGUGGAAGCAUAAUGUAUAUGGAUUGACUCCGAGUGUUGCAUCCGCACACCAUUUGCUGACUUAUGCUAAGAAUCACAAUGAUAGUAAACUGUUGGUUGAAGUAAUGAAACUUAUAAAGGCUAAUGAUUUACCAUUGCAACCGGGCACAGCAGAUAUAGUUUUCAGCAUUUGUUACAAAACCGAUAAUUGGGAGUUGAUUAAUAAAUAUGCUAAGAGGUUUGUGGGGGCUGGUGUAAAACUACGACAAACCUCAUUUGACACAUGGAUGGAAUUUGCUGCAAGAAGAGGAGACACAGAAUCAUUGUGGAAAAUUGAGAGGCUGAGAUCUGAGUCAAUGAAACAGCACACCCUGGCAAGUGGGUUGUCAUGUGCAAAGGGUCUUCUGUUGGAACAUAAACCUAAUGAGGCAGCAACCGUCAUUCAGGCCCUAAAUGAGACUCUGCCCGAUGCUAAAAAGUCAGGCAUGAAGGAUGAACUUCAGAAGCUUGUAUCUGAGUGGCCUUUGGAAGUUAUAAAGCACCAAAAAGAAGAGGGCAGGAAGGCAUUAGCAGCCUCCUUGAAAUCUGAUAUUCUUGCCAUGGUUGAUUUACUAAGCAUGGGACUGGAGGCAAGCAUAAACUUGGAAGACCUGAACAGAAAAGAUGGAAUCCUUCUAUAACACGAGCUCAGAACUUGAUGAUGCCCUUGCCUUGGAAUGAGAUGCACACAAGGAUUAAUCAGUGGCCCUAGUUAGAUAGAUACUGAAACACUUACCUUAGCAUUUCUUGUUCGUCAAAACUAUGAAAUAUAUUUAUUUUAUGCGUGUCCUUCCCUCCCAUUUCUUUAUGCCUCUCAAAGUGGUGUGUAAUUUUGCAAACAUGUCAAUGCAAUUUAGUUCUUUAACGACUGAAAUUUUGUUGUCACUAGAUUAUGUUGUAUAAAUAAUGUGGAAGGUCUCAUCUUAGGCGCAUGCAAGAAUGUUCUUCAGUAGGGCUGACAUGGAACAAAAAUUGAUGUUCUGUUUCUGGUUACUGUGCAUUUGAGUUUAGAUUCGUGAGGCAAAUAUUGAUGAUAUUGCGUUUUCUGAUUUUA